AGGCUGAGGAGGCGCGCGACGUGACCCCACCUCACUGACGGAGAGAUUCCCCUUCUAUUGUCUCCCGGCCCCGCCCUCCAUUGGACACGCCCUUUGCCUCAUCCCCGCCCCCGCCGUUUAUUGGCUGUAGGUCACGCCCCUCCUCCGUUCCCAUUGGCUCCACGUCCACGUCAUCCUCUCCGGGAGCUUCCCAUUGGCGCAGGCUACACCCUCUCCCUUGUCACCAGACUCCACCUUCCUUCUGGGUUCCUCCCCCUAGCCAUCUCUCAUUCAUUCUGCAUCUGGUGCUGGAUGCUGGAGACAUGGGAGGGCAUCAGACCCGUCCCUGCCCUCAGGGAGUCCAGGACAUGGUGAGGGGACACGGACCUAGGCUACGACAGUGACCACCUAGGGCGGUCAAGGGGCCGCCUAGGCGCACUGGGAGCCUCUAGGACGCCUGGCAGACUUCCCGGAGGAGAAGUCCACAGCGUGGGGAGUUGGAGUGCGCCGGCUGGAUGUGACCCCCCGAGCAGAAUGGUGCUGGACUCGGGGGCUCAGGUGUAUGAGCAGCCGCCCCCUAGCCCACCAGCCAGGCACUCAACCUCCGGCCGUAGGCCGACGCCCUCAGACCGAGAUGGGACGCCGCUGUACUCCUGGCCUCAGUCCCUGGCCUUGCCCCUGGCUCUGUCGGUCCCCUCGGCCCUGCGGCCCCGGCCUGAGCUGCAGUCCCUCUCAGAGCUGCGCUGGGGCCCCUGUGGCCCCAUGCGGCGCAGCGAGAGCACCUGCACCGUGAACAGUGCCGGCCAGCAGAGGGCUGGCACCCCGGGCCGGGCCCCGCCUGGACGUAGACGGGACCCAGGCUGGGGCACCCUGCGGUCCGCAUCCUCCCUGCCUCACAUCGCUAAGACUCCGAAGGAUGGGGGCCGUGGCGCCAGCAAGAGCCCCUGCCUGCUCAUGGCCCUGCGGCCCACCAACAUGGACAGUGAGCGGGACAAGUUCUUCCAGUCCCGCUACACCUACAACCCGCAGUUCGAGUACCAGGAGCCCAUGCCCAUGGCCGUGCUGGAGAAGUACUGUGAGGCCUCCGGACAGUUCAUCCGCCAGGCAGUCGGCAUCAUCGAGGCUGUCCUGGAGAAGUUCGGCACCUACGAACACUUCGAGGCUGCGACGGGGGGCCAGCUGCUGACCAAGUGCCAGAUCUGGUCUAUUGUGCGCAAAUACAUGCAGAAGGAGGGCUGCGUUGGGGAGGUGGUGGUGCAGCUGAGUGAAGACCUGCUGUCCCAGGCAGUGAUGAUGGUGGAGAACAGCCGACCGACUUUGGCCAUCAACCUGACCGGAGCCCGCCAGUACUGGCUAGAGGGCAUGCUUCGGCACGAGAUAGGCACCCACUACCUGCGAGGCGUGAACAAUGCCCGGCAGCCCUGGCACAGCGCCGAGGGCCGGCUGCAGUACGGGCUGCGGCCGGCGAACCCCACGGAGGAGGGCCUGGCCAGCCUGCACAGCGUGCUGUUCCGCAAGCAGCCCUUCCUGUGGCGCGCGGCCCUGCUCUACUACACCAUCCACCGCGCGGCGCACCUGUCCUUCCGCCAGCUCUUCCAGGACCUGGCGCGCUACGUGCAGGAUGCGGACGUGCGCUGGGAGUACUGCGUGCGCGCCAAACGCGGCCAGACCGACACCUCGCUGCCAGGAUGCUUCAGCAAGGACCAGGUGUACCUGGACGGCAUCGUGCGCAUCCUGCGGCACCGCCAGACCAUCGACUUCCCGCUGCUGACCUCGCUGGGCAAGGUGUCCUAUGAGGACGUGGAUCUCCUGCGGCCCCACGGGGUGCUGAGCAACGCGCGGGUGCCCCACUUCAUGCAGGACCUGGAGCGCUACCAGCAGCAGCUGGAGCACAUCAUGGCCACCAACCGGCUGGACGAGGAGGAGCUGGGCCGGCUGCUGCCUGACUGACACUGGUUGGGGGCUCCAGACCACCACCCCCCUGAACAGGACGAGGGCUGCUCUGAGCCUCCGCAGCCUGGCUGUUUCUUGGGGACGCUGAGGGGACAGGAGCAUCUCAGGAGGGAGGAGCGGCACCCUCAGUGGGUUUGUGUUCUCCGCUAGCCUCCCGGACCUAGAGACCAGCAGCAGCAGCAUGCUGUCCGGGGAGCAGAGGGAAGCCUGGGGGCAGCAGGGACGCUGAGCAUGGAUGGGGAUGGGGAUGGGGAUGGUUUGGGAGUAGAACCUUGUUCUUGCAUGAGGGGACUUAGGGGAUCUGCGUGCUCCAGUCCCCCGUCCCCCACCCGGCCCCUUGGUGCUCCUUCAGCUUCCACGCUGUCUACCUCUCACUGGGUCUUGGUGGGGGUCCCCUUCUCCCGGGGUGAUGACCUGAGCCUGGGGUCCUGGCUUUCACACAGACUCAAGGGCCAGGGUCCUGGUCGGUAGAGACCCAGCUGGGCUGGGACGUGCUCUCCGGCCUUUUGCCUCUCCCGCUGCAUGUAUUUAUUCCCCGUUCAUGUGCUCUGCUUCCUGGGGCUGGAGGCAGCCGCUUCUGAAGGUUCAGGGACAGGCUCCUCUGGAAGGCCCCCCCUCAGCAGACACACACACACACACACACAGUCCUUCCGGCCUUGUGAACUGAGCCUGAGGGUUCACCAGGCCCUGCCCCUACCCCCACCCCCUCCUCAGGCCUCUGUUGUCCCUGUCUUUGCCCACCCCCCACCCCUCACAGCUGGUCUCUGACAGAGGUUGGCAUAGCCUAGCAGCAGCCAUAAUCAAGCCUGAGGGGCAGACACCUACCUGUCCCAAAUCCUGAGCCCCUCCCGGACCAGGAGAGGUGCGCAGAGGGUGGUUGCUUCCAGUUUCACCUCAGACUCGCUGUCGGAGGCUGACCCAGUCCCACUCCCACCCUUGGCCUUGGUGUUCCCAUCUAUAAAAUUUGGAAACGCAGCUGGAAAGCCCUUGUUCAUGUAGUGAAAUGCACUGAACGCCUUCUGUGUGCCAGCCACUGGCCAAGCCCUCAGAGCUCCCAGCCCUGAGAGAAGCCAGGCAAUUAAAGCAACAAUUACAAUAA